CUUCUAUUAAGUCUGCGCUUACCAGGUCCCCGGCACUUCUGUACCUGAGACGUGGGGUUCCCCACAGACCUGGAAAUUCUCUCCCUUCUUCCUUCACCCAGGACAAAUUGAGACGUCCCCAUGAGAGUCCGGAUAUCGCUUCCUUUUGGGUUUAAAGUCGCCCUGAGGCUGGGCUGUCCCCGGUCUUUCUGCUGUAGGGCGAUGUAUACACUUCCUGUCACAUAGUUUUCCUGCUCAAAACUGUUUUCUGACUCCUCCCGCCCCGCGCUUUUUAAAGUCCUCACCCGAGAGCUGGAUUCCCGCCCUGGGCGCCUCCCACCCUCGCCUUCGUAGGCCACUGGAACGCAGCGCCGGGGCCCCAGUCCCAGGGAGGCCGCGUCCUCUGCCUGGUCCUGGAAUCCUGCAGACCCCAACCUUGUCUUAAGGCGCCGUCGCCCCGCACCUCCCUCCUCGUGGCGGGCCCUGCUACUCCCUAGGUCUCCCCUCCACAGUCACCUCUUCCCCUGAGCCCGCGUUGGGGAGAUACCCAGGGCCUGUCCUGUGACAUGGGGUGUUCUUGCCUGCCCAGCUCCAGCCCCCGGAAAACGAGCUCCUCCGGGAUGCAGGUGUCUUACUGCAAACCCUCCUGUGAUUGUGUCGGCCAAAGGCAUCGGGAGACAGAGCAGUAGAAAAGCUGAGACAGAAAAGAAUGAGAAAGACCCAUAAAGGAGGGCAAAGUAGAGAAUGGGUGAGGGAUUUGUCAAGAGACAGCAAAAGUGAAAAGAAAAAAAUAGAAAGCAGGAGGAGAAAAGUAACUGGAGAAAUGUAGAGAAACCUAGUUGUACAGAAAGAUGAAGGACAGCAAGGUAGGGAGAGGGGCAGCAAAGAGGGAGUCUCAUCAGAGUGACGGAGAGGAGGAGGGGCUUGGAGCCAGGACAGACAGAGCAGAGUGGUGCUGGUGGCAAGGAGAACAGAUGGAGAACCACAGCAGGGAGGACACCUGGGGAUCUGUGGUUCCACGUAGUGGGGAUGGGGGUUAUAACAGGGAAGAGAGAAUUUAACAGGGAGAGCAGAGGAGGCACAGAGAUGGGAGAAGAGGCAGAAAUAUAUCAACAUUGAGGACGAUAGAACGAUUGGGGAGAAGGAAUAGCAAGAAGUUAGGAUUGACUUCUAAGGAUUCUUGGUACAUGAGGAAGAAACCUGGAAGGAGAAGAGGAAAGCAAAGGCAUCAGGAAUGGCUCUUCCUCAGGGUCUGUUGACAUUCAGGGAUGUGGCCAUAGAAUUCUCUCAGGAGGAGUGGAAAUGCCUGGACCCUGCUCAGAGGACUCUAUACAGAGAUGUGAUGCUGGAGAAUUAUAGGAACCUGGUCUCCCUGGUUGGAGUUUCUCUCUUGUUGCCCAAGCUGGAGUGCAAUGGCACAAUCUUGGCUCACCAGAACUUCUGCCUCCCGGGUUCAAGCGAUUCUCCCACCUCAGCCUCUAAAGUAGCUGGAAUUACAGGUAUUUUUUCUAAAUGUGAGAUCAAGGAAUUACCACCAAAAAAAGAGAGUAAUACAGGAGAAAUAUUCCAGACAGUAAUGCUGGAAAGACAGGAAAGCCACGACAUACAAGAUUUUUGCUUCAGAGAAACCCAGAAAAAUGUACAUGACUCUCAGUGUCAGUGGAAACAUGAUGAAAGACAUUAUAAACGAGUGUGUAUGACCUAUAAGGGAAGUCUCAUUGGCAGAAGAGACACGCAUGGUAGAAAGGAUGAUGCACAAAACAAGCCUAUUAAAAAUCAGCUUGGAUUAAACUUGCAGUCACAUCUACCAGAACUGCAGCUAUUUCAAGCUGAAGGGAAAAUAUAUAAAUAUGAUCACAUGGAAAAAUCUGUCAACAGUAGUUCCUUAGAUUCCCCACCCCAAUGUAUUUCUUCUACUGUCAAAACCCAUAUUUCUCAUACAUAUGAAUAUAAUUUCAUGGAUUCAUUAUUCACAAAAAAAGAGAAAGCAAAUAUUGGGACAGAACACUACAAAUGUAAUGAGUGUGGCAAGGCCUUUCAUCAAGGCUUACAUUUUACUAUACGUCAAAUAAUCCAUACUAAAGAGACGCAAUUUACAUGUGAUGUAUGUGGCAAGAUCUUCAAUAAAAAAUCAAACCUUGCAAGUCAUCGAAGAAUUCAUACUGGAGAGAAGCCAUAUAAAUGUCAUGAAUGUGGCAAGGUCUUCAAUAAUAUUUCACACCUUGCACAGCAUCACAGGAUUCAUACUGGAGAGAAACCUUAUAAAUGUAAUGAAUGUGGCAAGGUCUUUAAUCAAAUUUCACAACUUGCACAACAUCAAAGAAUUCAUACUGGAGAGAAACCUUAUAAAUGUAAUGAAUGUGGCAAGGUCUUCCAUCAAAUUUCACACCUUGCACAACAUCGGACAAUUCAUACUGGAGAAAAACCUUACGAAUGUAACAAAUGUGGCAAGGUGUUCAGUCACAAUUCCUACCUUGCACAACAUCUGAUCAUUCACACUGGAGAGAAACCUUACAAAUGUAAUGUAUGUGGAAAGGUCUUCAAUCAUAUUUCACACCUUGCACAACAUCGGAGAAUUCACACUGGAGAGAAACCUUACAAAUGUAAUGUAUGUGGAAAGGUCUUCAAUCAUAUUUCACACCUUGCAAAUCAUCGGAGAAUUCACACUGGAGAGAAACCUUACAAAUGUAAUGUAUUUGGAAAGGUCUUCAAUCAUAUUUCACACCUUGCACAACAUCAGAGAAUUCACACUGGAGAGAAACCUUACAAAUGUAAUGUAUAUGGAAAGGUCUUCAAUCAUAUUUCACACCUUGCACAACAUUGGAGAAUUCACACUGGAGAGAAACCUUACAAAUGUAAUGUACGUGGAAAGGUCUUCAAUCAUAUUUCACACCUUGCACAUCAUCGGAGAAUUCACACUGGAGAGAAGCUUUACAAAUGUAAUGAAUGUGGCAAGGUCUUCAGUCACAAGUCAUCCCUAGCAAAUCACUGGAAAAUUCAUACUGGAGAGAAACCUUACAAAUGUAAUGAAUGCGGCAAGGUGUUCAGUCGCAAUUCGUACCUUGGCCAACAUGUGAUAAUUCAUACUGGAGAGAAACCUUGUAAGUGUGAUGAAUGCGACAAAGUAUUCAGUCAAAAUUCCCAUCUUGUACAACAUCGCAGAGUUCAUACUGGAGAGAAACCUUACAAAUGUAAUGAAUGUGGCAAAGUCUUCAGUCAAAAUUCAUACCUUGCGUAUCAUCGGAGAAUUCAUACUGGAGAAAACCUUAUAAAUGUAAUGAAUGUGGGAAGGUCUUCAGUCUAAACUCAUCCCUAGCACAUCAUCGGAAAAUCCACACUGGAGAGAAACCUUACAAAUGUAAUGAAUGUGGCAAAACUUUUAGUAUGCAUUCAAGCCUUACUAAUCAUCACGCGAUCCAUACUGGAGAGAAACCUUUCAAAUGUAAUGAACGUGGCAAACUCUUCCAUGACAAUUCAUAUCUUAUACAUCAUCAGAGAAUUCAUGCCGGAGAGAAAUCUAACAAAUGUAAUUAAUGUGGCAGUGUGUUCAGUUAGCAUUAAAGCCUUGCAAGACAUACAAUAAUUUAUACUGGAGAAAAACUUUGCAAGUAUAAUGAAUGUAGCAGAACCUUUAGUUUUUGUUCAAGGCUUAAUAACCGUUAGCUACACCAUAGAGGACAGAAACUUUACUAACGUAUUGAAUGUGGCAAGGGCUUAAGGUAAAAUCUGAGGUCAGGAUUUUUCAAAGAAUUCUUGCUGGUGAGAAACCUAACAAAUGUAAUGAAUGUGACAAGGUCUUCUGGCACAAUUCUCACAUUGUACAAUAUUGCAAAAAUUCAUAUUUGAGAGAAAAACAGAGAGUGGGAAACCAUUAUGACUUCAAACAUUCAUCAACAUCAGAGAAUCCAUACUAAAGAGCAUUUAUAAUAAUUAUAUGUGAUGGAGAUUUUUCACAGGCCAUAGUCUUACUAGGCAUCAAAAACUUUUUUGAUGAAACCAUACAAAUGUAACGUGCAUGCUUAGGCUUUUACCCAGGCAUCAAAACUGGAACAUCACAGGGUUUAUACUGCAGAGUAACUACACAAAGAUAAUGAAUGUAAUAAGCCUUUCAGUGUAAUAUUGAUGAUUUUGUUGUGAGAGAUCUACUCAAUAAAAACCAGGCAAAUGUA